AUGACUUGCAUUUACACAGGUGUCAUCGACCUAGUGGAGGAAACUCAAGAAACAAGAGAAGGAUCUUCUCAAGGAACAGACUGUUCUCAAAUACUAGCUCAGUCUCCAAAAGCAUCUAGUGGCGUCUAUGUCAUCAAACCCCCUGGAGCUAAAACCCCCUUUCAGGUUUACUGUGAGAUGCGUGAAGAUGGAGGUUGGAUUGUUUUCCAGAGACGCAGUGGUGAAGCUCUGUCCUUCAACAAGAAGUGGGAGGAAUAUAAACACGGCUUUGGAAAACUGAAGCAUGAUCACUGGUUGGGGCUGAAUAAGGUUUUCCUGCUGUCUCAGGUGGAGACGUGGGCCCUCAGAGUGGACCUGUGGGACCACGACGGUGGUUCUGCCUAUGCACAGUAUGAAAACUUCAGGAUUGAAAAUGAGAAAACAGCGUUCAAACUUCAUAUUGGUGAAUUCAGUGGAAACGCAGGUGAUGCGUUCCGAGGCUCUUACCCUGGCGGGGACCAGAACGGCUUUGGUUUCAGCACAGCGGAUCGAGACAACGACGGCUGCUCCCCCUGCAUCUUCGAUGACAUGGCGCAGUUAGACUGCACCUUCAGCGCCGGUGUGGGACAGGUGGAGGGGCGGAGGGUCGUACUCCCUCAAGGCCAGCAGGAUGAUGAUAAAGCCGUCGACAGCAGCUGA